AUGAGUUAUCCACCACCAGUAGGAGAUUCAAUUAAAUUAAAGGUUCAAGCCUCAAAUGAUCCAGAAGAAGCUUUUACAAAUAGAGCAUAUUUACCAAUUUCAUCAUUCAGUUUUUUAUUCCCAAAUGUACAAUCAAAUCUUUAUACAACCAAUACAAAUUAUAUUAAAAUUAGAGUUGGAGCAAAUGAAUAUAUUUUAUCUGCAUCACCAAAUAAAAAUAUGAAACCAGAUUCAAUUGCAUUAUCAAAAGCAUUAAGAGGAUGGAUGUAUGUUAGUAAUAAUGAAGAAGUUUAUGUUGAAUUUUAUGAUCCAAAUCCAAAUAUUUGUGGUUCAAUGAAAGUUAGUAUCGAUUAUUUAACCAAAGGUAAACAAGGACCAAAACAAGAUUCACAAGAGAUCAUUGGUAAAAUCAUUGACAAUUUCAAUAGUCAAUACUUUACAUUUGGUCAAUUAUUUUAUAUAAAGAAUAGUAAUUCAACAUUUGAAUUAAGAGUUGAAGCAGUUGAAACCAAUGAAGUUCCAACCAAAGAUAAAGGUUGGGCUAUCAUUUCACCAGCCACCAAGAUAAUUUUACAAAAAAUGCCAGGAUCAUUGAUUGAUAUCGAAACCAAUGGACCAUUGGUUGUAAAUCAAAUUUUCACUUCAGAUUGGGAUUUCGAAAAUAUGGGUAUUGGUGGUUUGGAUGCAGAGUUUAGAGAUAUUUUCAGACGUGCAUUCUCUUCACGUAUUUUCCCACCAGCAAUCGUAAAGAAAUUAGGUGUCAAUCAUGUUAAAGGUAUGCUUUUAUAUGGUCCACCUGGUACUGGUAAAACUUUAAUCGCCAGACAAAUCGGUAAGAUGUUAAAUGGCCGUGAACCAAAGGUUGUCUCUGGUCCAUCGAUUUUAAAUAAAUAUGUCGGUCAAUCCGAAGAGAAUAUUAGAAUGUUAUUUAGAGAUGCAGAGAUUGAACAAAAGGCAAAGGGUGAUGAUUCAGGUUUACAUAUUAUCAUUUUCGAUGAAUUGGAUGCAAUUUGCAAAUCACGUGGCUCAAGACAAGGCGAUUCAGGUGUUGGUGAUUCAGUGGUAAAUCAAUUAUUAGCAAUGAUUGAUGGUGUCGAAUCUUUAAAUAACAUCUUGGUCAUUGGUAUGACCAAUAGAAAGGAUAUGAUCGAUGAAGCUUUACUUCGUCCAGGUCGUUUAGAAGUACACGUUGAGAUCUCAUUACCCGAUGAACAUGGUAGAGAACAAAUCUUUAAGAUUCAUACCGCUAAAAUGAGGGAUCAAAAUGCAUUGGACAAAGAUGUUAAUCUCGCCAAUUACGCUCAUACAACUAGAAACUAUAGUGGUGCUGAGAUUGAAGGUGUUGUGAAAUCUGCUGCAUCCUAUGCUUUCAGUAGACAAGUCGAUACUAAAAACAUUAAAAACGUUGAAAUCAAACCAGAGGAUAUUAAAGUUUGCGAUCAAGAUUUCAAGAGAGCCAUCACCGAGGUCACUCCAUCAUUUGGUUCCACAGAUAAUCAAUUCGAAUCCUAUGCAGAGAAUGGUAUCAUCAAUUAUGGUCCAGUCUUUGAUAAACUCUUACAAAGUGGUAAUGCCUUUGUUGAGCAAGUAAAGAAAUCAAAUAGAACUCCAAUGAUGUCGGUCCUCUUGUCAGGUAGACCAGGUUGUGGUAAAUCUUCUUUGGCUGCGACCCUUGCCAAGAGUUCAGAAUUCCCAUUCACUCGUAUCAUUAGUCCAAAUGAUUUACUUGGUUACAAUGAAUCUGCAAAGGCAUCAAAAAUCACAAAGGUUUUCGAAGACUCUUAUAAAUCUCCAAUGAGUUGUGUCGUUGUCGAUGAAAUUGAACGUCUCAUUGAAUAUGUACCAAUUGGUCCACGUUUCUCAAAUCUUAUCCUUCAAACUUUGGCAGUUCUCUUUAAAAGAACCCCACCAAAAGGUCGUAAACUUUUAGUGAUUGCAACUACUUCCAAUCCUGAUAUUCUCAAAGAUAUGGAUAUUAUGGAUUGUUUUGCUACAGUUUUAUCCGUUCCAUCAAUCAGUACCGCUAAAGAAUUCCAAACCGUUUGCUUUGAACUUGGUUUCACUCAAAAAGAAGCCUCUGAAGCUGCCUCCUUCUUUACUUCACCAAUCACUAUCAAACAAAUCAUUAUGAUUGUCGAAAUGGCAAGACAAGAAGAAGGUAAUUUCAUUGAUAACUUUAAAAUGUGUUUAGAAGAUUUUAAUAUACGUAAUUUUUAA